AUGGGCUCUUCUCUAUUGCUCGUCGCCAUCUCUCUGGGGACAAUUUGUAUUUUUGUCUAUACACUUUCUUAUCCCAGACGCCAGCUACCUUUGCCCCCCGGACCCAGAAGGCUUCCACUAAUUGGCAAUCUGCACCAGCUCGAUAUUAAACGGCCAUGGGAGUCGUUCCAUAAAUGGCACCAGCAAUAUGGCCCUCUAGUCGCGGUUAAAUUCGGAGCACGGACCAUAGUAAGCAUCAGUUCGGAUGGGUUAGCUCGUGACCUGUUGAACAAGCGGUGUGCCACGUACAGUUCGCGCCCAAGGCUCUCCGUCUGCUCAGAGAAUAAUGCAGGAGAGCUCCAUGCAGCCCUCAUGCCCCAUUCUAAACGCUGGGUACUUCAUCACCGUAUUGCAUUGACUCUGCUUAAUCCCGGCCUAUCAAAGCAAUACCGUCAGCUACAAGAUCUGGAGAGCCAGCGAGUCAUUCACGAGCUACUUCAGGGUAAUGAUGUAGCGCACUCCUUUGACCGGUACAUGGCAAGUGUGAGCUUCACACUUGCCUAUGGACUCCCGGUGCAGCAUCAUAACCAGCGUGAAGUGCUUCAAAUAAGAAACUUCAUCAAUGGUCUCCGGGACGCAAUGUCAAAUAUGUUUGUUGCUGUUGCCGAGAUUUUCCCUCUUUUGGAUCAGCUUCCUGGAGCAUUUGCCAUUUGGAGACGACAGGGGGAGGAACUCAACCGACAUGCCACUGCGUUCUUCUUGGACAAUUCAAUGAAGGCUCAGUCAGCGCCCGGGUGGAACUGGGUGAGAGAAUGUGAACGACUAAAGGAGACGCAGGACAUGUCCCUGAGGGAGAUAGCCCAUGUCUUGGGCACUAUUCAGGAGGCAGGGAUGGAAACCACACCCAGCGUUUUCCGAGUGGUUAUUAAGGCUUGUCUUCUGUAUCCGGCGUGUUUGUCACGAGCCCAGGAGGAAAUUGAUGAAGUCGUUGGCAGGAGUCGGCUCCCGUCGUUUGAUGACAUGGGCCGGUUGCCCUACAUCAACGCACUCAUUCAUGAGGCAGCACGAUGGCAACCAAUCACCCCAUUGGGAUUGCCCCAUUGCCCACUGAGAGAUGACGAAUUUAUGGGGUAUCAUAUUCCUGCAGGGUCGACCAUUUUCCCCAACAAUCAUUCAAUGGUCAAUGACCCUGAAGCAUUCCCCGAACCUCGCGAAUUUAAGCCAGAGAGAUGGCUUCAGAGCCAAGAUCCUCCCUUCAGCCCGUUUGGGUACGGUCGACGAAUUUGCCCUGGCAGGCAUCAUGCUUUGGACAGUCUCUUUAUCGUUAUUUCUCGUGUUGUCUGGGCAUACACCAUCACCCAUGCGUACCGCAAUGGCGAAAAAGUUGAUGUAGAUGCUUGGGAUACUCAUACUUCCUUUACCUCUUCACCAGCUCCGUUUCCGACAGUACUCCGAGUUCGCAGUCAAACGCAUCAGGAAAUCAUAGAAGAGGCCUGGACAUCUACUAAAGAGAAACUGGCUAACUUCUUGGGGACCUUCAACCCGACAUCUGGUGGAUAGGUAUUCUGAGGUAUAUAUUAUCUAGCCGUGUGCAUAGUAUAUAUCCAUCGUUUGACAAUAUUUGCUCUGGACUCUGGUUUACGUUAAAGGCUUCCACAGCCUCAAGCUUUCUUGGGCUUCACUAUGUUCCUUCGGGGUCAUGUUAACUAGACCGUCAAGACGUAUUUAACACGAGGUAGCCAACUGAUAUUACGGUAUGAUGCUUAAUUCUUGAAGGACUGAGUUCUAGACUCUUGUAACUUUCAUUGUAAAUGAUUCCAUAGAGGAUUUCUAAGUCCAC